CAGUCGGGGCUGAGCUGAGCUGAGGAUGGAGCUGAGGGCAGAGCUGCUGAAGUCUAUAUGGUUCGCCUUCACUGCUUUGGAUGUGGAGAAAAGCGGUAAAGUCUCCAAAUCUCAACUGAAGGUGCUCUCUCACAACCUGUGUACAGUGCUGCACAUCCCUCAUGACCCCGUGGCCCUCGAGGAGCAUUUCAGAGAUGAUGAUGAUGGGCCGGUAUCCAGCCAGGGCUACAUGCCCUACCUCAACAAGUACAUCCUGGACAAGGUUGAAGAGGGGGCCUUCCUGAAGGAGAGCUUUGAUGAGCUGUGCUGGACUCUGACCGCCAAAAAGAACUACAAACAUGACAAGAACGGGAACUGCACCGUGACCGACCGCGAUGCCUUCCGCCUCUGGUGUCUCUUCAACUUCCUGUCCGAUGACAAGUAUCCCCUGGUGAUGGUUCCUGAUGAGGUGGAAUAUCUGCUGAAGAAAGUCUGUACAGAAAUGAACGUGGAGUGGAAUGGAGGAGAACUCGAUGACUACUUCUCACAGGUUCCCCAGCAUCAGAGCGGAAUCACAGUCUGGACCUUCCUGGAGUUGGUGAACUCAGGGAGAUUUACCCGGGGGAUUGAGAAAGAGACCAUCACCAUGGCGGUGGAGGAGGUCUAUCAAGAAAUCAUUGAGGACGUCCUCAAACAGGGAUACCUGUGGAAAAAGGGACAGUUGAGAAGGAACUGGACCGAGCGUUGGUUCAUCCUCAAACCCAAUCUCAUCUCCUACUACGCCAGCGAGGACCGGAAGGAGAAGAAAGGCAGCAUCUCACUGGACAGGAACUGCUGUGUUGAGGUUCUGUCAGACCGAGAUGGAAAGAGGUGCAUGUUCUGUGUGAAGACCAUUAACAGGACGUAUGAGAUGAGCGCGUCAGACACAAAGCAGCGGCAGGAGUGGACGACGGCUAUCCAGACAGCAAUCCGCUUGCAGGCGGAGGGUAAGCAAUCGCUGCACAAGGACCUGAAGCAGAAACGCCGGGAGCAGCGGGAGCUGAGGGACAAGAGGAAAGCCGCCAAGGAGGAGGAGCUCCAGAGGCUCAAACAGUUGCAGGAGGAGAAAGAGCGCAAACUGCAGGAGCUGGAGCUGCUGAAAGAGGCCCAGCGCCAGGCAGAAACCCUCCUGAAGGAAGAGGAGCAGAGGAGGAAACAGCAGCAUGAGGAGAUGCAGAGUGCACUGGAGAUCCAGCUCCAACUGGCUGAGCAGGCCCGGGCCAGUAUGCAGGCAGAAAUGGUUCUGAAGGAGGCCGAGGCCGACCGUCAGAAAAAGCGGAUCCGGGAGCUGGAGGACAUGCAGAAACUCCUGGAGGAGGCGCUGACAGUGGAGGUCACGGCUCGUCAGGAGGAAGAGGCCAAGCGAUACGCACAGACCAGGUUACUGGCUGAGGAGGAGGAGAGGCUCAAACAGCUGAUGUUGCUGAAGGAAGAACAGGAGGAUCUGAUCAUAAAAACCCAGCGAGAAAAGCAGGAGCUGAGAGAAGAGAUGCAAACCAAGUCUGUAAAACUGGAUGAGGCUCAGAAACAUCUGGAGGAAGUGCGGGUCAACAGGCAGCGAGCAGACCAGGAUGUAAUGGUGGCCCAGCGGAAGCUCCUGCAGGCCAGCUCCCACGUCAAACACUGGAACGUACAAAUGAACCGACUGAUGCAUCCCAUAGGACCAGGAGACAAACGGCCUGCGUUGGGAUGUCCCGUCGUACCCGCUCCGAGGACCUCGUUGGCAGCACAGAAGGAUGGAGGGGUUAGACAGCGGGUAAGAGCUGAAGACAAGGGCAAUGCCAAUGAGCACGGCAAAGAAAAUCUACAUAAAUCAUUGUUGAACUGUCCCUCAAACCCGGAAAUGAAGAGUACGGCUUUAAAUGGACAAGUGAAGAGGGAUUCGGUGGAAAUGAAACCCGCCGAGGAGAAUUCGCCCACAGAGGAGCCCCAGGAGAGCCCGACAGAGGAGGCCGUGCGGUAGUUUGGGAAACGCCAUAAAAUCACAGCCCAUCACUUUGUGUCAGACAGCCAUCAUUACACCACCAAGAGCAGAGCCAUCACAGUGACCAGCAAAACGAGAGAAGAAGGAAUUGCAAGGCCACCAGCCAGUAUCGAGAACGCCACAAAAUAGAAGCAAACUGUGCGAGGAAGUAAAAGAGGUUAUUGUUCACGUGCUGCACAGCACAGUAGGUUUGUGAGGACCUGAGGAUUAAAUGAGAAACCUGAACUUGAUCGACCAGCAAGAAUUGGUUGAACCCAUCCAAUUCACGGCAACUCGGCAAAUUCACUGGAUACACGAGAUACAUCAGACGUGUUUGGAGUUUGCGUGAGAUUUGGAACUCUAGGUUUACGAGGUUGACGCAAGUGCAGGGCUGGAACAUAUCCCUGAGCUGGUGUGUGUCAGAGAUUGUACGAAAUGUGGGACCUGCUCUUCUGUACUGACUUGUACCAAGAGUUUGUGGGGAGACGGAUGAAGAUGGAUACAGCUUAGUAUCAAUGCUUUCCUCCAAUUUGUAAUUAAAACACUGCUUCGUUUCUCUCUGCUUUGAGGAUAAAAGGUCCCUUUUUUUGGCUAGAGUCCCAAAUGUUUUAAUUCAUCUCAAGUUUGCUAUUGUUAAUGCUGCCGUUUUGUACAAUUUUUUAAAAAAACAUUAGUUCAGGUACUGCCACAGAAUUUGUUUUGUAAGUAACCAAAGCUUGAUUGAAAAUAACUGAUUUUAGGAAUGUCUUUAUUCAAAUGUCGUUCAUCUUCGGAAAAAUUAUGUAUGUAAGACUGGCCUUGUUUCUUAAUUGAUGUAACCUUGCCUUACGAUGAUAUACCCAACUUGUUGAUGUCAUUUAAAAUGGUUCUGAUUCCACUCACUUUCAAUAUAUCUACACUUGUCAAAUAAGUCAGUGACUACUUGACCAACAGGACUGUGCUUAUAACUCUCCCUGUUAUUAUUGUGAUACAAAUAUCUUUAAAAUCACCUAUAAGAGAUCAUUCCAAUAAAAUUGUACAGUAUUUUACAAGC